GAACGAAGCUGUUGGCCGAAAGACGCGACCGGCUUAAACUCCGACUUAAUCACCCACCUGAUAUAAAAAAAAUCUAAACAAAAACCACAAUAAAAACCACCAAUAGCGGCGGAGUUAAUUGAAGACCAAACCAAGCCGAGCUGUUAAUCAACAUCAGUUCGCAGCCUCUGCAGAUGUGCUGUUAAAUUCGAAAUAAAAAAAUGUGCACCGCUGGCGUUGCGGUUGAUGGUGGUGCUGCUACAGGUGGUGCUGAUACUGCGGACAGUGGUGCUGCCGCCGCCCCAAGUUCGACGGCCUUGAACCCCCCACAGGUUGCAAUUAGCAUAAAUUCACCGGAAAUUAUAAAACAACCGAAGGAGGUUGAUUGGCGGCGUUAUCUUCAAUGGAUCUUAACUCCCGCAUUGAGCGCAGUAACUGGGCUGAUCCUAUAUUACCAAGGACCUUGGUAUGGAGUGGCCACCCUGUAUGCCAGCUUAAUAGCCACAUUGCUGGUGCGUCCAGGAUGGCGAUGGUUCUAUAUAGCAGCGGUCACCACUCCUCGCGAUACUGUAGCCCUCUUCGCCUACAUUCGUGUGUUAAUGUUCAUAAAACGGCAGGAGCGGAAGAAUUUGAACAUAGGAGACAUCUUCGAGGCGAAUGUGGCCCGGCAGCCGGACAAGUUGGCCAUAGUCAGUGAGUCCCAGCAAUGGACUUUCCGGCAGGUGAAUGAGCACUCCAACCGAGUGGCCAACGUAUUCCACAGCCAUGGCUACAAAAAGGGCGAUGUGGUGGGCCUGCUGCUGGAAAAUCGAGCGGAGUUCGUGGCCACCUGGCUGGGUCUAUCCAAGAUCGGGGUGAUCACGCCCCUGAUAAACACGAAUCUCAGAGGAGCCUCCCUGCAACACAGUAUUACGGUGGGCCAGUGCACGGCUCUCAUUUACGGCGCUAAUUUUCGAUCCGCCGUAAUGGAUAUAGCCAAGGAUCUGCCCGCCCAUGUGGGACUCUAUCAGUUCAACGAUGAGGCCACCCAGGAAAUUGUGGCUUCAGAGGGUCUAAGCCAGGGAUUGGCCCAGCAGUUGAAUGGUCUUCUGGAGACGGCUGCCAAGGAUAAAGUGGCCGCUGGCGCUUCUCGAGCGGAUCAUCAUGACAAGCUGGUGUACAUCUACACCUCGGGAACCACGGGAUUGCCCAAGGCAGCCGUCAUCACCCAUUCUCGAUACUUCUUCAUAGCUGCCGGCAUCCACUACACGCUUGGUUUUAAGGAUCAGGAUGUGUUCUAUACCCCAUUACCCUUAUAUCACACCGCUGGCGGAGUGAUGAGCAUUGGUCAGGCCUUGCUCUUUGGCUCAACGGUAGUCGUAAGAAAGAAGUUCAGCGCCUCCGGAUAUUUUUCGGACUGCUCACGAUUCCAGUGCACGGUUGGCCAGUACAUUGGCGAGAUGGCUCGCUAUAUCCUGGCCACGCCAUCGGCUCCUCACGAUCGGCAGCACCAAGUGCGCAUGGUGUUUGGCAACGGGCUGCGUCCACAGAUUUGGCCACAGUUUGUGGAGCGAUACGGGAUCAAAAAAGUGGGCGAGUUCUACGGAGCCACCGAGGGCAAUGCCAACAUAAUGAAUAAUGACAGCACCGUGGGAGCCAUUGGCUUUGUUUCCCGGAUACUGCCGCAGAUCUAUCCGAUAUCGAUCAUUAAAGCAGAUCCCCAUACGGGAGAGCCUUUGAGGAACAGCAAGGGACUAUGCGAAAGAUGUGAGGCCGACGAGCCAGGCGUCUUCAUAGGAAAGAUUGUGAGGGGAAAUCCGUGUCGGGAGUUCCUGGGCUAUGUUGAUCAGAAGGCCUCCUCCAAGAAGGUGGUGCACGACGUCUUCUCCAAGGGCGACAUGGCCUUCAUUUCGGGCGAUCUGCUGGUGGCCGACGAACGGGGCUAUCUAUAUUUCAAGGAUCGCACCGGCGACACCUUCCGCUGGAAGGGUGAGAAUGUGUCCACCAGCGAGGUGGAGGCGCAGCUAAGCAAUCUAGCUGGCUACAAGGAUGUGAUUGUGUACGGAGUAAGCGUGCCCCACACCGAGGGAAGAGCCGGAAUGGCAGCCAUUUACGAUCCCGCUCGCGAGGUAAAGGUCACCCAGUUGGGUGAGGAACUGGCCAAUGCCCUGCCCAACUAUGCGAGACCCCAGUUCCUGAGAUUCCUGCGAAGAAUAGACCUAACGGGCACCUUCAAGCUCCGCAAAGUGGAGCUCCAACAGCAGGGCUUCAAUCCGGAACUUAUAGAGGAUGAACUAUACUACGUCCAGUCGGAUGGUGUAUAUGCUCCGCUCACCUUAUCCGUUUAUGAGCGGAUACUAAGGAACGAGCUCCGCUUCUAGGAACGACGGACUUCUCUCUUGGGAAGAGAAGAAGUCAAGACUGUGCCUCUUAUUUUAGUAGAAAGGAUUACUGGUUGAAUUCAAACGUGCUUAAACUAUUUUUAAUUUUGGUAAUGUUAUUUUUUGUGCUACCAAUAAAUAACGUUUUUAAAAGAAAUUGA